UUGAAUCGUCAGAAGGCUAACUUCUUAGGGAAAUCUUCCUACAGAGAUCAAAAUUAACUGAUAUCAUAUAAGAUCUUCAACGGCAAAAGAAGAACAAGAAACAGAGAUCCAGGGAAUAUAGUUUUCAAAAGUCUGAAACCCGAUGAAAGAAGAAAAAAGAAGAAGAAAGUGAACUUCCAGCCGGCGAACGGACUUGUUUAUGUUGCGAAUAAUUGCAAUGUUGGAAAGAGGCUGAGUGACAAGUGUGUAUGGAUGGAUGUCUGGGCUCUAGACAAUGCCGUGCGCAAACCAUUAAGCUGGCACAUGGUGAACUUUACAGUCUGGUGUAUUUCUAGGACUCCAUAUAUAUUGUGUCACUCUGCUAAUUUGCAGGAAACUCAAUCCACGCUAAAAUGUCAGUUACAUAUGCUGGAGCGGAGAGUGUGAUAUUGAACCAUGAGAUGUGGAUGCUACAGCACUAUUUCUUGAGAGAGGAAGUUGACCAUUCAGCAAAGAAAAAGAAGUUUCAGAUGUUGUUUGAUCUUCGAACUCCAUUCCUAAUGGACGGGCAAGCUGAGAAAAUUGCAACCCAGUUAGAAGGAAAGGAAAUUAAGGCAAGAAAAAGAAAAAGAGAAUCCAGAAAAAUGGUUCCUCAAGACGACGACGAGGAAAAACACAUCCGGGAAGUGUUUGCUGCCCUUCGUUUAAGGUCCGAAUAUAAGGAGAUGUUUAGCUAUGUCCCAAGCAGUGACGACUUCAGGCAAAACAACAGUGUGAUACGUGAAAUGAGGAAAAGAUUUACAGAAAUCUCGAACAUCACGCUUCCAGUCCUUGACGAAUCACACAAUAAUGCAAACCUUGGAGUCCGAGAAAUAGAAAACCACAAGUUCCUACUUCCGCAAAAUGUCCGGUAUAUAUGCGAUGAUGUUAGUAAUCUGUUGUCACAUGUGUCAGGAGAUCAAUUUGACAUCAUUGUGAUGGACCCCCCAUGGCUGAAUAAAUAUGUAAAGAGACGAUGCCUUGCUCAUGGAAGUCAUCAUGGGUAUGAUAUGAUGCCGGUUAGUGACAUUCUUGCUCUACCGGUGGGCAAGAUCUUGAGUCCAAAGGCCUUAGUGGUCGUCUGGUGCACUAAUAACGCCAGUAUUAUGGAGGAGUUCGUUCAGGGCUGCACAAGUGGGGUGUUACCUUGGUGGCAACCUGGUAUUGGUUAA